GUGAGUCAUCUGACAGCUGCUCUGGAAUAGAUGCACUUGUUGAAUCAGAUCCCAUUCAGCCGGGGGUACAGGUCGUAUGCUCAGUCAUCUGAAAUCUUUGACGGAUCCCUAAAUGAAAACACACUAAAGAAACGACCGGACGACAUUGAUUUUAUAACCUCACAUCACCGCGAGCUGCAUUGCAAGGACAGGUGUUUUGAUGUCUGCACAGCGAUUGUCUCUCUGGUCAUGUGUGCAAACUGCCCUGAGCUGCGGGGUUCUCAUGCUGGCUGCUCUGCCAGACUUUACCACAGGCAAGAACUGCUCCCACCCGAUCAUACCUGAGCAUGGAGGUUUCCGCUGUGAACCCUCCCCCUGUCGUGGUUUCCCUCAAAAAAGCAUUAUCCACUUUUUCUGUGAGCCGGGCUACGUUCUACCCAAUCGCCGCACCCGGUCAAAGUGUCAGCAUGGGGAAUGGCAUCCCAAAGUGCCCGUCUGCAUACCCCGACCAGAGGGUCAUUCUGAACAAAAAGAAAACGCAGUCAACUCUAUCCCAAGUGUGGCUACGACUGCUAUUGGAGUGUCUAUCUUUCUACUCACCACAACAGCCUGUUUAGUCAUCAAAUCCCGUCUGUUCUCCUGUCGAAUGCAACGGCGUUCCUCGGAUCAGCUGGACCUCGUUGUGGAUGGCUUACCUGUAUCUCUUCCAACAUACGAGGAGGCGAUCUACGGCAGUUGGGGCCAGCGACUCCCGCCGUUCCGCGGGCCCACUCAGCUCCUGCUGACACAGGAAGCAUCGGAACACAGUCCGCUGACUUCACUCAUACCCCCCAACUCCAAUCAUUGCACCGACACAGCCAAUCAGAGCACAGAGAUUCCACCGCCUCCUUACGAAGAGGCCCAAAUACGAUCCAGAGACACUGAAAACGACAGUGACGAACGGGCUUUGCAAAGUGCACUUUCUGCUGAUAAAAACAACUAAUCACUGGACUUUAAUGAACUCACCCUUAGCCUUUUGAUUGUUCGUUUUCUUGCACAGGAGUCCUUGUGACUUUUCUUUCUGCCUUUGAUUGUGGAUUCAUCCUUUUUCGGCUUAAAACACCAGUGGAAAAAGUAACGUGCUGCAAUAUUGAUUAUGUCAAUGUUUUCACUGACCAGCUGGAGAUGUGGUUGCCAAGUCCCCUCCGUGAGGGGAAAACAAUGUGUUUUAAGGGUAAUUUUAUGAUUGAUUGAAGGACUUUUAUUUAAUGAUACAAGUAUAACAGUCAUAACAGUCGUAAGAACGAGAUGCUGUGUAGUUGCAUUUUCAGGGAUAUGACUUAAGAUUAGCUUGGAAAGAAUAUGAUCAGUGUUGAUUGAAUGUAAUAGCCGGAUUGAGAUUGUGCCUGCUGACUGAUGGAUGUAGUACAUAUGAUUAUGAUUCCUUCCACCUGAAGCGCUCUAUCUAUUGUUAAAUAUUGCAUAGACCAGGGGAACAAACUUGAAGUAUGCUUGCUGAACGGACAUUGAAUGUUUUGUGUGUUUAUCAUUUUAUGAUAUGUAAAAUUUACAUUAUAUAUCUUGUAUAUAGUUCUGCACAAAUAGUAUAUGUAAAAGUAAUAAUACAUUUUUAAAACUUUAUGAAUGGAAUGUUUGCUAUUAAAAUGAUUUUAAAUCUUUUU